UUUGGAACCUGAAAAAUGCAGGACAGUGAAGCGUAUGCUUGUCUAUUGAAUGUCCUGGCACCUGAGUGCAGUGCAAAACCAUCCGCAAUGUCAGUAAAAGAUCUGCUUCGUAGAGCAAGAUUAGUCCUUGAGCAUGCAGAUAGGAUGGGCUGCAAAAGAUACCUGACUCCAAAAGACAUAGUUGAUGGUUUACCAAAUCUAAACCUUGCAUUUGUGGCUCAUAUUUUCCAGAAAAGAAAUGGGUUGUCCAAACAAAUGAAACGAGUUUCCUUUGUGGAUGGACUCUCUGAUGAUGCUCAAGUUUCCAGGGAAGAAAGGUCAUUCCGGCUGUGGAUUAACAGCCUUGGAAUUUCCAUUUACAUCAACAACGUAUUUGAAGACCUUAGAAAUGGAUGGGUUCUCCUUGAGGUGAUUGACAAGAUUGCUCCUGGCUCAGUUAACAGGAAGAUGGCAAAUCGUCCGCCAAUAAAACUACCGUUCAAGAAAGUUGAAAACUGCAACCAAGUUUUGAAGAUCGGAAAAGAAUUGAAGUUUUCCCUGGUGAAUAUUGCUGGAAAUGAUAUUGUCCAAGGGAACAAGAAACUGAUAUUAGCUUUUCUAUGGCAAUUGAUGCGGUACAACAUUCUUCAACUACUGAAGAAUCUUAGAUUUCACUCAAAUGGAAAAGAGAUCGCAGAUAAUGACAUAUUGGUAUGGGCCAAUAAAAAAGUAAAAGAUUCUGGAAAGCACCAAUCUCGUAUGGAAAGUUUCAAGGAUAGAAGCCUUUCAAGUGGCACCUUUUUCCUUGACUUACUAAGUGGUGUGGAGCCUCGAGUUGUGAAUUGGAGCCUUGUGACGAAAGGAGAAAAAGACGAAGAGAAGCAAAUGAAUGCUUCAUACAUCAUUUCCGUGGCUAGGAAGCUUGGUUGCUCCAUUUUCUUGUUGCCAGAAGAUAUAUUGGAGGUGAAACAGAAAAUGAUGCUAACUCUGACAGCAAGCAUCAUGUACUGGUAUUUGAAAAGGCCAACAUCACAUUCAUUAGACUCUAAAAAUGGGUGUUCAUGUGAGACAAGCUCCACCACAACUUCAGACGAUUCUGCAUCUGAAUCAUCAUUCGAUGACAACGCAGCUAGAUAGAAGUGCAAGGAUCAUGAAGCGAAAUGAUCCAUCUUGUCUUUUUGAAAACUUGAAAUACUCCUCGUCCCAGCGGCGGUGUUGACUGUGUUCUUGAUUCGUUGCUGUAAUUUUAAGAGCAAAUGCAUUCAAGACGGAGAGAAGGGAAGCUAUAAAAAGCUUUGUAGUGUUUAUUUGUGAGUUUUGUAGUGUGAAAAUUUGAUUGGGUGAGAGAUUGUGUAACAUCCUGUAAAUAUUGACACAGGUAGCCUACAUUUGUAAAAUUAUAGUGACAGUGGAUUGCUAGAAAUCCACAGAGUUUGGUUUUCUUGGGCAUUUUUGCUUUGAAGGACAAGAUACCGCCGGUUCUAGUUUCGGCUAGAACAAGUUGCGCACAAUAAAUCUGUGUUCUAAUUAGGAUGUUAAAACAUUUAAUAACAUGCUUAUUUAAAGAAAAUAAACGUAA